GGAGAUGCUGCAAGAAGUAAGACAACACGGGUGAAAGAGAUCACCCCAGCACAGUGGAAGAGGCAUUUCGAGUAUGAGAGCUUAGCAUUCCUCACUACGCUUCAGCCAACUGCUGCCAGGUACUGGCCGAGAAGAGAGGAGGCAGGACAGAGAGCAGCUCCAAACCUCGGACUAAAUCCCAAUGUAACUCCUUAAACCAGGAUGGAGGGGGAAUCUUACCACAAUGAAAGCACAGUCAACGACACCCCAGUAGAUCACCAGGCUUUGGAACGCCAUGGGCUGUGGGAAGUCAUCACUAUUGCAGCUGUGACAGCUGUGGCCAGCCUGAUGACCAUUGUGGGCAAUGUCUUGGUCAUGAUCUCCUUCAAAGUCAACAGUCAGCUCAAGACAGUUAACAACUAUUACCUGCUCAGCUUGGCCUGUGCAGACCUCAUCAUUGGAAUCUUCUCCAUGAACCUCUACACGACCUACAUCCUCAUGGGACGCUGGGUUCUCGGGAGUCUGGCUUGUGACCUUUGGCUUGCGUUAGACUAUGUCGCCAGCAACGCUUCGGUCAUGAACCUUCUGGUGAUUAGCUUUGACCGUUACUUUUCCAUCACAAGACCACUGACAUACCGGGCCAAGCGUACCCCAAAGAGGGCUGGCAUCAUGAUUGGCUUGGCCUGGCUGAUCUCCUUCAUCCUCUGGGCACCAGCAAUUCUUUGCUGGCAGUACUUGGUUGGGAAGCGGACAGUACCACCCGAUGAGUGCCAGAUCCAAUUCCUCUCCGAGCCCACCAUUACUUUCGGCACGGCCAUCGCCGCCUUCUACAUCCCUGUCUCUGUCAUGACCAUACUCUACUGCCGGAUCUACCGGGAAACAGAGAAGCGAACCAAGGACCUGGCUGACCUCCAGGGUUCUGAUUCUGUGGCAGAAGCCAAGAAGAGAAAGCCAGCUCACAGGACCCUGCUCAGAUCUUUCUUUGGCUGCCCGAGACCCAGCCUGGCCCAGAGGGAAAGGAAUCAGGCCUCCUGGUCAUCUUCCCGCAGAAGAACCUCAACAACAGGAAAGCCAGACCAGGCCACUGGCCUAAGUGUUGACUGGGACAAGACUGAGCAAGUCACUACCUGUAGCAGCUACCCCUCCUCAGAGGAUGAGGCCAAGCCCACCACUGACCCUGUCUUUCAAGUGGUCUACAAGAAUCAGGCUAAGGAAAGCCCGAGGAAGGAAUUCAGCACUGAAGAGACAAAGGAAACUUUUGUGACCGCUCAGACUGAAAACAAUGACUAUGACACUCCCAAAUUCUUCCUGUCUCCGGCUGCUGCUCACAGACUCAAGAGUCAGAAGUGUGUUGCCUAUAAGUUCCAAUUGGUGGUAAAAGCUGAUGGGACCCAGGAGACUAACAAUGGCUGUCGCAAGGUGAAAAUCAUGCCCUGUACCUUCCCGGUAUCCAAGGACCCUUCAACAAGAGGCCUGGAUCCCAACCUCAGCCAUCAAAUGACCAAACGAAAGAGAAUGGUCCUAGUCAAAGAGAGAAAAGCAGCCCAGACCUUGAGUGCCAUUCUCCUGGCCUUCAUCAUCACAUGGACCCCUUAUAACAUCAUGGUCCUGGUUUCCACCUUCUGUGACAAGUGUGUCCCUGUCACCUUGUGGCACUUGGGUUACUGGUUGUGCUAUGUCAACAGCACUAUCAAUCCCAUCUGCUACGCUCUCUGCAACAGAACCUUCAGGAAGACCUUUAAGAUGCUGCUCCUCUGCCGGUGGAAAAAGAAAAAGGUGGAAGAGAAAUUGUAUUGGCAAGGGAACAGCAAGCUACCCUGAAAAGUCAGUAACUUCCCUGGAAAGAAUAAUGGCCACAGUCCGGUUUGCUUGUUUUGAAGAACAUCAUCUGCCAUUCCAAGUCCCCAAAGACUUGUCCAGGCUCAAGGUCUAUUGUCAAAAUGAAGAGUCACACACAUAGCCACUGCUGCCAUGUGAAGUGAGUCUUGUCUAUUACCAAGGCCACCUGAUGCCACUAGCGUUUGCUGGUGAAGCAGAAAGACAGACUCAGGGUCCUUCUCUGGAAAUACACUUGAGUCAUCCUCGGACAAUGACUUUGGGAACUGAUCCGUGAAGAACAGUUGGGACCAGACUGGAAAUCUUCCCCUGGGGCAUUCUGUCAUAGAGCAUUGUGCAAUAUGUAUGUGUCUAUAUGAAACUGUCUUAGACCAGUGAAAAUCAAGGAGAAUGUAAGCCCCUGUCACCUCUGGAUAAGAGUGGUAUUCAACUGGCUUCUAAGAAUAUCACCCUUUGUAAUUUAAUCAGCAGUUAUUUAUGCAGCUAUCAUGUGCUUUGUACUGUGGCGUGUUUUUCUGUUCAUAUGCCGAAUGAUGUUCUUACUCUCCCUUUCCUAACUAUGACAACUCCCAUGCCUGGUGAAACCAUGGUGAUUCCCACAGACCAUCAGUCUCUCAGAACCCCAAGUCAAGAAAAGUGCUGACGUUGCAUGCUUGGUUUCCUAGAGGGCUUCUGUUCUGCUACUCAUGAUGAUCAAGUUUCCAGACAGUUAUUUUCGUGUUUUACCAACGAGGUAACUCUUUCUCUAAACAAAUAUUGUGUAUCAUUUUUGGUUCCCAUUUGGUGUCAUUUAUGAAAUAUGCUGUGUUCCCAGCAGAAAUUGAUUGUAUAACAGCCCUAUCCAGUAAGUAUUCUCUCCAGGAUAUUGAACGUUGGGUCUUUAAUGUUGUUUUCAGGAGAAUUGCUUUCUAAUCUCCUCUCAGGACAAAUCAGACACAAAACGUGGAAAACAAAUAUGAUUCCCACCAUGCUUUCAGUUUUCCUUAAGAGUCUUUGAAGUUCCCGAUCUCCCUCAUCCAGACCCAGACACGUGCAGAUCACUGUCCUGUGUAGGGAAAGAAGUGCUCCUUGGGCAAAAAGAGGAGAAUGUUCUUCCUUCCUUUCUUCCUUCUUUCCUUCCUCCCUCCCUUCUUUCCUUCCUCUCUCUCUUCCUUCCUUUCUUCUUUCCUUCCUCCCUCCCGCCCCCCCCCUCUCUCUUUCUUUCUUUCUUUCUUUCUUUCUUUCUUUCUUUCUUUCUUUCUUUCUUUCUUUCUUUCUUCCUUCCUUCCUUCCUUCCUUCCCCUCUCUCUCUCUCUCUCUCUCUCUCUCUCUCUCUCUCUCUCUCUCUCUCUCUCUCUCUCUCUCUCUUUCUUUCCUUCUUUCUUAUAGGUCUUUCACAUUUGAAAGAAAUGACUUCCUUGCUCGAUCUAUCCCAAUGGACCCGGAAGUGAGCUCAGAAAUGCUCAGUUGAGGGUAGAGUGCAGCUGGUUAUGCCCUUAAACAUGAACACUUUGGCUAGGAGGAGCCCAGUGAUACAUGCACGAAGCACUGGAUUCCACCCCAGCACCAAAGCAAACAUUGUUUAAAUGUAAGUUUCAUCUUAAAAAUUAAGAGUGAAAGCUGGGCAGCGCUGGCACAUGCCUUUAAUCCUGGCAUUCGGGAGGCAGAGCCAGGCAGAUCUCUGUGAGUUUGAGGCCAGUCUGGUCUACAGAGCGAGAUCCAGGACAGGAACCAAAACUACACAGAGAAAUCCUGUCUCAAAAAAAAACAAAAACCAACCAAACAAAAACAAAACAAAACAAAAAACUAAGUGUAAGGUAUAGUGACAUAAAAACAAAAAAGUAUCAACAUGCAUUAUGUACACUGGAAUUAUUUAAAAGCAGAGUUUAACUGAACUAUUUAGCUGAAGUAUUUUUUUUUUCCGAGACAGAGUUUCUCUGUGUAGUUUUGGUGCCUGUCCUGGAUCUCACUUUGUAGACCAGGCUGGCCUCGUACUCACAGAGAUUCUAACUGAAGUAUUUUUAUAUAAACAAACUGGAAGUGGAGUGAUACUCAGUAGAGAGUGCUUGCCCAGAAUGCUCCAAGCCCUGGGUUUGAGCUUUAGAACCAGGAGGGGGGAAAAAACUGAACCUAAGAUGCUUCUUUGAUGAUUCUAAAAAUAAAUACAUGCACAAGAAAUUAAAGGUGUGAAAUAAGUUAAAUUAAUGAAAGAUCCACAAUAAAAGCUGUGCAGUGCUACAUGGAGAGCUGGCAGGUGGAAAGUCCUGUCAGGAACUUUCUAGUCGAAUUUGCUAUCAUUUGACGCUGUGUUAAAUUCUCUACACUUCAGCUGGCUGUGGUGAAACAUACCUGUAAUCCCAGCACGUGGGCAAUGGAGGCAGCUUUGUCUAUAGCAAGAUCCUGUUUCAAAAAGAAAAAAAAAAUCUGGAUUUCAUUUCACUCAGUGGAAGCCAGCUCUCUUUUAACCUCAUUUUCUAAGAGGAUGGAAAGAAGAAGAAGGAGGAGGAGGAGGAGGAGGAGGAGGAGGAAGAAUUGGCCUGGUUUCCUGGGAAUUAGAUGUGUACCUGAGUUCUCCCUCCAACACUGGAAGAACAGAGUUACAUGCCAAGGAGCCUUUGGGAUGGGGGACUCUUGGGCAGGACAAGGCUAAUCCACCCAGGCCUCUAUUCUAGCCCUGCAGAGACCUGAUGUUGAGAUGGAGCACGUUUGGUGUGCCAUAGUUGUGGAGCCUUUGUGAAGGGCAGGUUGACACCUGCCAAGAAUUUAGUAGAAAAUACUAAUUGGCUCACAUCUCUGAGACAGAAGUUCCCAGGCCUACGUGAUACCAGGAGGGUGUGACUUUAUUAAAAAACCUGCUCUACCAGCUCUAGACGUACUUGGUUCUUUUCCUUUAAGGCCUUGGCUGCUGGCAGAAUUGGAAAUCUUUCUAUGAAAAUGUCAUUUUAAUCCUCUAUUGGGUAUUCAUCACUCACAAUAGAGGGAUACCCCAGUGAAAGCAAAGGGACCCAGAACUGGAGUGGAGAGAGUAUUGCUCCCUGGUCACACAGAAUUAGCCUUCUCAAUUUAUCUUUUGUGAAACUGAUCCUUAUUGACUUUGAAAAGUAGCGGGGUUUACAGGGCUACUCAUGCCCAUUAACACAGAUAAAGCAUACCCCCAAACCGUUAGAGGAAACCAAAGUGUCCUAGAGUCAGGACCUUGAGCGGGGCCUUCAGAGUGCAAAGAUUCUGUUGUAAGCUACAGGUACUGGCUAAGUGCGUGGAGCAUGAGCUGACCUGAUCCUAGUCUCCUGAGUUCUGUCUGUGAGAAACUACGUUCAGCUUUAACUGGUUAUCUAUAGGAUGAUAUAUGUUGCUAAUAAUGGUAUUUGUUUCUCUUUUGGGCUGUGAAUUUGGUGACACGUCCCGGUUUUCCGUUCAUGUUUUGGUUAAACAAAGCACGUUGUCAACCUUCCUCCUUUACUCCUCUGGUGAGUGUCCUCUGAGGAUGACGCUGCUGGUUCUUUGUGAUUGUGAAAUCUGUACCUAAACCCCUGGGUGGGGGCUUACAGCUGUCUACUAUAAAUAUCUGAAUCACAGCAAAGCAUAUUGUACUCAUGUUGUUCUGGACAUUAAAGAAAUUUAACCACACAGUGAUUCCAUGAAAAGUGUUAAAACUGGAGAAUGUUCUCUGGUUAGCAUGAUGGACCCAAUCUGUAUCAGGGUCUUGCUCAGCUCUGCAUGGCCUUCCCUUUUAAGAUAGGGUACACAAUAUGGAAUACACACACGUCCCUGUUGCUACUUUCUGUGAUUUGCCGUUCCAGCUACCAGUGAUCAAAUUAAGAUUAAACAAUGAUGAUAAAAAGUC